GAAAAUGGAACCAGUAGGCCAUUAAACAAAAAGGGCGACAAAACUUUUGGAUUACAUACACGUUUUGGGUAUACAAAGAAAUCAGAGUUAUCGUAAGACUCUGCCAUUGAAAUGCUUGCCGAAAGUGACAUGUUUUAAAAAAGAAAUCGAAGAUUUGAAGGCUGACAUCUACAGGAUAAAUCCUGUUAAGUUAUGAAUCACCGAGAGGGCAGAUUUGUAAGGUUUCAUGACUGGAGUUCUGAGAAAUCUUCAAGUACAGGUAGUACAUUUUCUGGAGAAAAAUGGAAUCCAUUUAGUUGGGUAACUGCUAUUAUCCAAAGAUUCUUGCAGUUAAUUCAUGAUAUAAGCGGAAAAAGUUUUGGCUCUAGUUCAAUUUAUGAUUUAGCUCUCGAGGAACCACAAUCCAGAAAAAUAAUUCUUGACCCUCAAGGUGCAUUUCUUCAAAGGUGGAACAAAGUAUUUGUCCUUUCUUGCUUGAUAGCAGUAUCCGUGGAUCCGUUAUUUUUUUACAUUCCUAUAGUGAAUAGGGAUGGUAAAUGCCUCGAGCUAGAUAAACGAUUGGAAAUUAUAGCCAGUGUUUUACGCUCAUUCACAGAUGUCUUUUAUUUGGUCCAUAUUUUUUUCCAAUUUAGAACUGGUUACAUUGCUCCUUCAUCUCGAGUAUUUGGAAGAGGAGUUUUGGUUGAUGAUUCUUCAGCAAUAGCUAGACGGUAUCUUUCAUCAUAUUUCCUCAUCGAUAUCCUUGCUGUCCUUCCUCUUCCACAGGUAUUUGUACUGAUCAUGAUACCAAAAUUGAAAGAAUCAACUCCAUUGGAUGCAAAAAAUAUUUUGAUGAUUAUUGUGGUGUUCCAAUAUCUGCCUAGACUUGCAAGGAUCAUACCAUUGUAUACAGAAGUAACAAGGUCUGCUGGCAUAAUCACUGAAACAGCUUGGGCUGGGGCUGCCUUCAACCUCUUGCUUUACAUGCUUGCAAGUCACGUACUUGGAGCAUUCUGGUAUUUGCUAUCCAUUGAACGUGAAGAUGCAUGCUGGAAACAUGCAUGUUCUAUUAAUAAUUGCAAGACUAGCUCUUGGUACUGUGGAGCAGGAAAAGGGCAAGACAACAGUUUCAUAUUUAACUUGUGCCCCAUACAAAAUCCUAACAGUUCGACCUUUGACUUUGGAAUCUACCUAAAAGCUCUUCAAAAUAUUGUUCAAUCAAGAAAUUUUGUGCAGAAAUUUGUUUACUGCUUCUGGUGGGGGCUGCAGAAUCUGAGUUCCCUUGGGCAAAAUAUGCAGACAAGUACUUUUGUCUGGGAGGUUCUAUUUGCUGUUUUUGUAUCUAUCUAUGGGUUGGUCCUGUUUUCACUUCUCAUUGGCAACAUGCAGACUUAUUUGCAGUCCACCACUGCCAGAGUUGAAGAAAUGAGAGUGAAAAGACGAGAUUCGGAGCAAUGGAUGGCCCAUCGCUUACUUCCUGAGAGCUUGAGGGAGAGAAUACGUAGACAUGAACAGUACAAAUGGCAAGAGACGAGAGGUGCUGAUGAAGAGAACCUGAUUCAAAACCUUCCUAAAGAUCUUAGAAGGGAUAUUAAAAGACACCUCUGUUUGGCUCUGGUUAAGAGGGUUCCUAUAUUCGAAAAGAUGGAUGAUCAAUUCAUGGACGCCAUGUGUGAUCGCCAGAAACCUGCUUUGUACACUAAUGAAAGCUGCAUAAUUCGUGAAGGAGACCCUGUAGAUGAAAUGUUUUUCAUCAUGAGAGGGAAAUUGCUGAGCGUGACCACAAACGGUGGAAGAACUGGUUUCUUCAACUCAGAAUAUCUCAAAGGUGGAGAUUUCUGUGGAGAUGAAUUACUCACUUGGGCUCUCGAUCCUCUUUCCUCUUCCAGCCUUCCAAUUUCGACGAGAACGGUGAAGGCCUUGUCGGAGGUCGAAGCUUUUGUUCUUGCUUCUGAUGAUUUGAAGUUUGUUGCGACGCAGUUCCGUAGACUACAUAGCAAGCAGCUUCGCCAUACCUUCAGAUUCUAUUCACAGCAAUGGCGCACAUGGGCGGCUUGUUUUAUACAGGCAGCUUGGCGUCACUACUCCAGAAAGAAGAUGGAAGAAUCACUCCGGGAAGAAGAGAACAGGUUACAGGCUGCAAUGGCUAAAGGCAACGGCCAUUCGCCGAGUCUCGGAGCCACCAUUUUUGCAUCCAGAUUUGCAGUGAAUGCUUUGAGGUCCUUGCGACGAAAUGGGACGAAGAAAGCCAGGAUUCAGGAAAGGUUGCCGGUGAUGUUGUUGCAGAAGCCUUCAGAGCCGGAUUUCACAUCAGAGAAAUAUUGAAUGCACAGAAUCACAUUAAGGUGAUUUUCUUCUCUGAUCCUCUGUUGUUUUUUCCUCUGAUUUUAGACAUUAUGAUAGCCUAAUCAAACAGAGAAUUGUUAAAUCAGAUUGUGUAUUGUGCUUAUUGUACAGUCUUGUAGUGAAAUGUAAAAUUCUGAUCAAUUGAGAUUUUUUCACUUGCAUAUGUAAAGCCAGGUUAUGAUUUC